UCAAAGUUAGUGCGUGAAAGUACGUAAACACUGGACAAAUAUAAAAAAAUUUUAGUGCAAUAUUGUAAAGUGAGUAAUAAACAUUACUAGCUAAUUUUCAGAAUAGUGUUAACACAUAUUUAAAUCUAAAAGUGAUUCUAAAUUAGGACUUCAAGAACCAGGGUAUAGGACUACUUUAUAAUGAGGCGUAUAAUAUUCGCAAGUCUAUGCCUAAUCGUGGCUGUGGUUGGCAAGCCUGCAGAGCACUAUACCGACAAGUUUGACGGAGUUGAUGUGUCAAGCAUUGUUACGAACCGGAGGUUAUUGGUGCCUUAUGUCAAAUGUGUUCUUGAGCAGGGAAAAUGCUCACCUGAGGGAAAAGAAUUAAAGUCUCACAUCAAAGAGGCGAUAGAGAACUACUGUGCAAAAUGCACCGACGCCCAGCGCCAUGGUACUAGGACGGUGAUCGCUCAUCUCAUCAACAAAGAGAAGGACUACUGGAACCAACUCACCGUCAAAUACGAUCCCGACAGAAAGUACACCAAGAAGUACGAGGCUGAACUGAAAUCUGUCAAGCAAUAGCAAAGCCUGAUAUAAAUUAAAUAAAUUAUUAUUAAAAAAAGAA